AUGGCUUUGACGACAAUUAUUGUGACAGCAUUGACAUUCGUGCUGUUUGGUGGCUCGUUAGUCUUCUACAAAUUUGUCAAACUGAAAAGAGUUUUAGACGAUGAUCAACUCGAAGGCCAGGCCCAAUCUGUCCUUAGACAAUGGGGGCAUUCUGACCUGCGAUCGGCGUUAGCCCAGGCUCAGGCCGCUUUGGAUGAUCACAGAUUCGUAGCUCUGAAAGCGACUGCUACGGAAGCUCUGGCUCUUUCUGAGCUCUUAGACGGAAGUAUGCCUUCAACAGGCGUGGAAACUGACGCCCGUGGAGCUGAAGUCACAGAAAUGGCCAACCGACAGGCUCGAAGCAAGGCCAAUCGAUUGUGUGAUUACCUUACCGAACUUUGUUUGGCACAUGUGAACGAUAGCUCCUCGGACCAAAAAAAUGUUCUCAAGGGCAAAUCAGGCUCUCAUACUUGA